AUGUCCUCUGAACCAGAGCCCAUUGCUAUUGUCGGGAUGGCCUGUCGUCUUCCUGGCCAGGUCUCCAACCCGCAAGAUCUAUGGAAUCUCGUUACUGCUGGGGGCUCCGGGGUGUGUGAUAUCCCUCUAAAUCGCUUCAACGUGGCAGGGUUUCGAUGCGCAGAGAGACUGCUGGGAAGCGUGACCAUUCGUCGCGGUCACUACCUUGACCAGGACAUCUGGGCCUUCGACAACCAGUUCUUCGGCAUUACUGAGGAAGAUGCCCGCAGCAUGGACCCCCAGCAACGGCAGCUGCUGGAGGUUGCCUACGAGUGCCUUGAGUCGGCUGGUGUUCGGGUGGAAGACCUCAAAGGCACCCGCACCGGGGUGUUCUGUAGCAUGUUCACCUGCGACUAUAAUCACAUGCUAGUCCGUGAUGCGGAUUACCUGCCCAUGUAUUAUGGCUUGGGAGUGACCCGGGCCAUGCUUGCCAACCGUAUCAGCCACGCAUUUGACUGGCGAGGGCCAAGUGCCAUGGUGGACUCGGCCUGUUCCUCCUCCCUGACCGGGUUGCAUUUGGCCUGCCAGGCCCUCCGGACGGGUGAUUGUGAUGCAGCACUCGUAGGCGCCGCGAAUCUCCUCAUCACACCCGAGAUGGGGAUGGGAAUGGAUCUUAUUGGAAGCCUCGCGCAGGAUGGCGUCAGCCGGAGCUUUGACGCCAACGCAUCGGGAUAUGGUCGUGGGGAAGGCAUCAACGCCGUCUUCGUCAAACGGCUGAGCGAUGCGAUCCUGAACGGCGAUCCCGUGCGAGCCAUUAUCCGAGGCACAGCAGUUAAUAAUGAUGGCGGAACGGCAACGCUGUCAAUGCCAUCGAGCUCGUCCCAUGAAGAUCUUAUCCGCCUGGCGUAUGCGAAUGCUGGCAUCCACAACCUAGCAGAGACCGCUUAUUUCGAAUGCCACGGCACUGGCACGACUGUCGGCGACCCCAUUGAAGUUUCCGCCAUCGGGGCAGUCUUCUCGCCGUCCCGUGGAGCAGAGGAUCCCUUAUGGAUUGGUUCGACCAAGCCAAAUAUCGGGCAUUCAGAGGCCGCAUGUGGGCUGUCCAGCGUCAUCAAAGUUGCUCAGGCGUUGGAGUAUGGCCAGAUCCCGCCAAAUAUUAAUUUCCAAAUCCCAAACCCGAAGAUUCAAUUCGACGCCUGGAGAGUCCGGGUGCCGACUAAGAAAAUCCGCUGGCCGUCAAAACCAGUCAGGCGGGCCAGCGUCAAUUCCUUUGGGAUUGGCGGCGCAAACGCCCAUGUUGUUUUGGAUGCUAUCAACGCCGGCCAGCUCUUGGGGGCAUCAGACCCGGCCGCCAGGGAGGUCCAGCGGCGUCCGUACCUUGGUAUUGUCUCAGGCUCGUCGCCCGAAGCCCUGCAGCGGAAUCUACGCCAAUGGAUAGAGUUCCUGGAGCAAGGGGAUAUUAAUCUAGAGCAUCUACCGCAGCUGCUAUAUGUUCUUAACAACCGUCGCAGUCUGCUAGCGUCCUGCCAUGUCAUGGUUGGAUAUGACAUGCCCGCGAUGAUACAGUCACUGGCCUGCGGUGCAAAAGAAUCCCCCCGGGCUGGCAGUGGUAAGAAGCCCGAGAUCUGCUUCGUAUUUAGCGGCCAGGGACUCCAGUGGUCGGCCAUGGGACUCAUCCUGAUGGAGACAUUUCCUCGGUUUUGCCAGACUAUCCAGCAGCUGGAUGCGAUUAUGGCUGACCUGGCCGGUGAAGAACAGUGGUCACUCCUCGACAAACUUCGAGCUGGGGAAUCACCUGGGGAGAUAGACCAGCCCGAGUUCGCGCAACCUCUCUGCACGGCGGUCCAGAUUGCACUGGUCGAUCUGCUGGCCAGCUGGGAUAUCCAGCCCAAGAUGGCGGUUGGACACUCAUCAGGAGAGAUUGCUGCUGCAUACGCAGCUCAAGUACUCACAGCGCGUGAAGCCAUGGCCAUCGCAUAUUAUCGCGGCCUAGUCCUGGUCCAGGCGCCUCUGGGAGCCAUGUUGGCUGUGAUGGGAAGCCAUACCGGGGAAGAACUACAGCAACAGAUCUCUAACAAUGACCUGGAUAUUGCCUGCUUCAACAGCCCGAACAACAUAACUGUUGCGGGCAACGCCCAGGGUAUUGGCCGCCUCCAGGAACGCCUCGAGCAAAUCGGGAUGGUCUGCAAGCUACUGCAGGUUGAUCGGGCGUAUCACUCCCGCUCCCUGGAUGGCAUUGCAUCAACCUACGCCGGCUUGCUGGCAGAGCUUGUGCAUCCCCAGCCCGCCCGGAUCCCCUUAUAUUCUGCACUCUGGGGUCGGCAAGUACAGGGCCCGGAAUUGACACCCAAGUACUGGGAAGCAAAUCUGCGCGAGCCCGUACGGUUCUAUCAAGCCAUCACCAAAGCACUGGAACAUGACCCGUGCAAUAUCUUUGUCGAGGUAGGGCCGCACCGCGCUCUGUCCCGCGCCGUGGCCGAGAUUCAUUCCAGCCUACAGCGGCCGCCCUGUCUAUAUCUCUCCACCAUGAUUCGCCAUACCGACUCGGCCUUGAACCUCGUCCAUCUGGCGGGUGAUUUAGUCGUGGCCGGGGUGCCUGUUAACCUGGAGGCUGUCAAUGGCGAGAAGCCCCAGCCGGACAUCCAGCACGCGCUUCUCCGCAAGCUACCCACAUAUGCGUGGGAUCAUUCACGGUCCUGGUGCAGUGAAACCCGCCCCAGUCGCGAAUGGCGCUUUCGCCAACAUCCGCGCCAUGAGCUUCUGGGUAGUCGUCUUCCAGGAGCUGACCCGGCGGCACCAACAUGGCGUAACAUUCUACAGGCGGGUGAUCUGUCAUGGGCGAUGGACUACCAGAUCCACGGUGUUGUCACUCUUCCUGUCUCCGCGAUGAUUGCCAUGGUCAUCGAGGCCAUGUAUCAGAUAAUCGGGCACGAUCGACCCCAGCAAUGGCAGUCGGGUGUUCUCUCGAUCCAUGACCUGCGUCAUCCGCACCCUCUGGCAAUCCCGGGGGGCGAAUCCAUUGAAAUUCUGCUUAAUCUACGCCCCGUGGUGGAAGGGCAGGAAUUGGCGCGCCCCGAAUACGAGUUCAGCGUCGCAUCCAUCGCGUUGGAUGUCCGUACUACCCAUGCCCUAGGUGCGAUCGCUUCCUCCAUCGACCGCAUAGGACCCGUCACGGACCGAACCAUCGGCGUCUCCAUGGAGCAAAUGUACCAGUCCUGGUCUCGCGCCGGCCACCGCUACGGCCCCAGCUUUCGUCUCCUAGCACAAGCCACGGCGCAUCCUCGCCGCGAUCGAUGCAGCGCGACAGUGGAUGCUAGUGGGAAAAUCCCACUCUCCCCGCGCGACAGCCGGUAUGUUGUCCACCCCGUUAUCUUGGACGCGGCCAUCCAGACUACCCUCAUUGCCCAAUCUCGCGGCAUCUCCCUCGAGCACGACGGGAUCUCGCUGCCCUCGCGAAUGGGCGAGUUCCGGUUGCGCUUGUCGGACGCCAAUCCGUCCCAGCUGGAGGUGUUGACGGACACCCACGCGAAUUCGACGAGUCCGAGCCGCUUCGACGUCGAUUGUUUUGCGGCUGGCUCCGGCAAUCAGGUGUGCUGGAUAAGGGACCUCGUCAUGGCACAUCACCCGUCGCCUCGCGAGGGCUCUGACUUGGCCCGGCGCGAUCGCGACGUCCCCUUCCUCCGGCAGGUGUGGAAGCCUGAUGCAGCUCACCUGUUCUUCUCGACACUGGCGGACUCCACCCUGGUGCCGCGAUCAAGCGUCCCCUUGCAUCAAGUCGAACUGCUGGAACGCUUUAUCAGCCAUCUCUCGCGACAGGCCGUUGCUGCUCAGAUCCGGCCGGGGCCCAAUGCACCAGCGCACAUGGCUGCCUUCGCUGGGUGGCUCCAACACCAUGCGCAGCGAUACCCGCCCUUCGUGUUGCCGGACGCUGACGUCCCAGAGCCAGACAUCUUAUCGCGCCUUCUUUCAACCGAACUACGCGAUAUUGCACACUUUCCGGAUGUCCAGCUGGCCCUCCGGCUCGCCGCCCACAUGGACGUGAUCUUCGCCGGCGAGCAGGACGCCCUGUCGGUGAUGCUCGAAGACCGGCUGCUGAACCAGCUCUAUGAAACCGGGUUAAUGGCCGUCAGCCUCAACGAGCAGAUGCAAUUCAUGGCCGAGAUGAUGGCGCACAAGAACCCCAACCUGCGCAUCCUGGAGAUCGGAGCUGGAACCGGCGGCACCACCCUGCCGCUGCUGCGCGGCUUCACGGCGCCCAACGGCCAGUGGAUGUAUCAGUCCUACACCUUUACCGACAUCUCCGUAGGAUUUUUCGAGAAGGCCAAGGCCAAGUUCGCUGACUGGGGGGACAUGCUCUUCCAGCCGCUGAACAUUGAAAUGGACCCGGUUGAGCAGGGGUUCACUCCCCAGGGAUACGAUCUCAUCGUGGCGUCGAAUGUCCUUCACGCAACGGCUGAUAUGUCGCGCACGAUGAGCCAUGUGCGUCUACUCCUGCGCCCGGGUGGUCAUCUGUUGUUGGGCGAGCUGGCAGGAGAUUACUCAACGCCUGGAUACUUAAUGGGCGCGCUCUCCGGAUGGUGGCUCCGGUCUCAAAGCCCUACGUGCAACGGACCGGGUCUGUCGGUUGAAGAAUGGGAAUCUGUCCUGACUGCGGCUCACUUCACGCCUCCGCUGACCGUACCGAGUCUGCAAUCAGACGGCACGGCGUGGUCGCCAUUCUCGACCGUCAUGAUUGCCACGGCAGUCGAGCCGGCCCGCGAGCCAUCGCCAGCCAUCCACCAGCGGAUCUAUCUCGUGUCGCGGAAGUCCGCAAGUCUCGGGCCCAAGCUGGCCGAAUCGCUGUCCAGCGCUGAUGAAGCCAAAGUAGUGAUACCUGUAGACCUAGCCUCUCUCUCCACGCUCGCCGAUGACGUCCGGCAUGAGGACUGCGUCGUCAUUCUUGACGAGGGAUCCGACACGCUUCUGCUGUCCAUGACUGAACGUGAGCUCCGCGGCCUCUACCAGAUCCUCGAUCAGCAUCACCGAGUGGUCUGGGCGACGGUGCCAGCUCGGAACUUCCCGUCCAACCCAUCUCAGGGGUUGGUCGCGGGCUUUGCCAGGGCGAUGCGGAGCCAUCCCCAGCCACGGCGAGUAGUCACCGUCGAGAUGAGCAGCCGGCGCCCUGAAACACUGGGUUCCGUCCUGUCCCACGUCAUUAAAUUCUACCCGGUGGUUGUUGAUCCGCCCCAAGCCCGCGACUGGGAGUUCCUCGAACGCGACGGCCAGCUUUAUGUCGGCCGGCUGGACCAGGACCCGGUGCUGCAGUCAGCCUACGGCGCGUUCCGAACGCAGGAGAUCCCCCACACCAAGCUCCUAGCCGAACCCUACGGCCUCACGAGUCAGCAGGGCAACUUGACUUGGGUUCCACGGUCUCUGGAGGAUUCCAACCCCGGUCGCACGGUUGUGGUGGAAGUCAAGGCCGUCGGCCUUCGGCUGGCCCUGGGGGCUGUCACAUCGUCGUCCACGGGAGGAUAUCCGGGUACGACGAGCCUUGCCCAGGAGUGCGUGGGUAUCUUGCGCGAAUGCAGCAGCGCCAGUGGACUCCAGCCUGGGGAUCGAGUGCUGGUCGUGGCCGAGGACGCCUUCCAGACAAUCAUACGCGUUCCCGAGACAUGCUGCAAGAAGAUCCCGGAUACGAUAUCCCUAGAAGAAGCAGCAGCCCUACCCAUCCCUUUGAUUGCCGCGUGGCACGGCCUGGUGGAAAUCGGCCGAAUCUCCAGUCGUGAUCGCGUGCUUGUCUUCGAUGCUGCCUCUGCAGUCGGGAUUGCGGCCAUUCAAGUUGCCUGCCGGGCCCAUGCAGACGUAUACGCCGUCGUUGCUACCAGUGAUGACUGCGCAUUCAUGAUGCAGCGCUGCGGACUCGCCGCGUCACGCGUCAUCGUGCUGCAGGACAGCGGCCAUCUCGUGUGCGGUGACGAAUUUGAUAUAAUCUUCGACCCUCGCGAGGGCUCGCCGGAUCCAUUGGUGUCUGGCCUGGCCUGGCACGGCCACUAUCUGGAGGUGACCACUCUGCCACGAGACAGCGCCAGCACCCGAGAGGUGACGAUGGUGAACUCGACCUUCUCAACCGUCGAUAUCGCACAGCUGGUGGCAACCAAUCCCACACGGGUGGGCAUGAUCCUCGACACGGUUCUCAAACUGAUGGAGAACGACGAGUUGUCUGUGCGGGCUCCUAGCCAGGCUUACCCGCUGAGCGAUCUGGACACGGCAUUGGACAGCACCCGGUUGGCAGUCGGUUCGGCCAGGCCGGUGGUUCAGCUCGAGCUCGACGCGACAGGGUCCUUGAUCAAAGUUCCCACCCGGACCAUAUCGUUCGAUGCCACUAGCAGCUACCUUCUUAUUGGGCCGGUCGAGGGCUUAGGGCGAGCCAUCGCAACAUGGAUGGCCCAACGGGGCGCCUCGCAUCUCCUCUUCCUGGUCCCCAGCCCUGGUGCAACCGCAGAGACGGAUGGUUUGUAUCGCGACUUGGCCGCCUACGGGUGUGAAGCUAGUCUCUUUUCCGGUGACAUGAGCCGUUCUGAUACAAUCUCGAAAUGUCUGGCCUGGGCCAAGUAUCCCAUUCGUGGAGUCAUCUAUCUCCCCAUAGCGGCCAGCGUCACCCCGCUCAUACAUCAAGCAGCCCAUGACUUCGCGUCGAAGGUCACUCCCACCGUGCAAGGAUGCAUGAACCUCCACAAAGCAUUCCACGACAACGAGCUCCGAUUCCUUCUUCUCCUGGGCUCGAUCAGCGGAUCGACCGCUGCAUCUGCCCCAACCAACGCCUUUCUCAGCUCGUUCGUGCGAUUCCGCCAACAGUUAGGCCAGGCAGCCCGCGCGGUGCAUCUCGGCCCGGUGGAAGGCCUCGACCAAGACGCCCAGCAGAGCGCCCCUUCACUUACUGAGCAGCAGCUAUUCCACCUCCUCGAGGCUGCCCUCCAGCAGCCCCCGGUCCGCGAUGACCCAUAUGCGAUGAACGACCUGGCCCAAGGCCUGAGUCUCUCCGCUAUGCAGAGCCCCCCCUCGACGGACCGGCUCUGGGCCCACGACCGAAGAUUCGCCCGGCUGCUGAAAAGCGCCCGUUCCAGCGAUCCCAACGCCUCACCCCGGCAUGCUGGCGGUGCCUCAACACAGCACGCAUCGGCCGCCCGGGUUCGUUCGCUCAUUCGCGACCCCGACUCCUCUCAAGAUGCCGCUGCUCUCCUCCCGGGGCUGGUUCAGACCGCGCUGACGGAAAAGCUGACCAGCAUUCUCUCUCUGUCUGUCGAGGAGCUUGAUAUCUCGCAGCCCGCCACGGCGUACGGAAUGGACUCGCUGGUCGCGCUGGAGAUGCGAUCCUGGGUCCGCUCCGAGUUUCUGGCGGAGCUUCUCCCGGCGGAUUUCCUGGGUUCGAACACCAUCCACGACAUCGCGGAGAAACUGUGUCAGCGCAUCAUGGGAGACCAAUCUUAG